GUUUACUUGCAAAUAUACAAACAUGUUCAAAAUUCUGUUGAUCUGCGCCCUUGUUGCCUGCGCUGCUGCCAGCGAUGCGGUUGAGGAGCUCCGUUCCGAUGAUAUUCGUGCUGAUGGCUUCGCCACUGCCCUGAAAGUGAGCAACAGCAUCGAUCGUGCCGAGUCUGGUGAUAUCCAUGGCAACAUUGAUGGUCACUUCAGCUGGGUGAGCCCCGAAGGCGUCCAUGUUGUGGUCAAGUAUGUCGCCAACGAGAACGGCUACCAGCCCAGCAGCGAUCUGCUGCCCACUCCACCACCAAUCCCAGCUGAGAUCCAGCGCUCUCUGGAGUGGAUCGCCGCUCAUGGCCAGAAGGCUUAAAUGACAACUCCAACGAACUCGAACGUGACAUUGCAAAAUAAAAUGCCUUGAUUAUGCAUUCA